GCCGGCGAAUCAGUUGUUUGAAGGACGAGUGGAGUGGUGGUCGUGUAGCUUCUUUAAAGCUUCACCGGCUCAUAUAACGUAAUCUUUUGUUCCGUUUUAACGUACCAAGAUCACACCACGUACUACAUUUACAUAGUUUAUCGGUAGUCUACCGAUUAAUAGUGGAUUUUCUUUUAUAAAAGUGUAUAUAAAAGAUAUAUUUUUUAAUUCAUUAAUAAUGGAGGUGCUACCGUGUCCCGUAAAUGUGAAUUUCAGCAACAAUAGAGCUGGAUAUGCAACCGAAGAAUUAGACGGUGCUUGCCAAGCUUUGGCACGACGGUUGGAAGUCGAACUCAGGGCAGCUAAACAUGCUCAGCUUGCUUGUGGUGAAGUUUUGCUACCUGCAGAUCUUCUUCCCCGAAUUGCUGAGGAUGUACUAGCUAUGGCAGAGAACGAACCCUGUGGUCUUAGAGGCUGUACACUAUUCAUAAGCUUUGAGACAGACAGUCUUUGCCGAAGGCUCUCCAGAGUCCAAUGCGAUCCAAGUGCAGUUUCUACAUUCGAGCUUUAUCUUACUCUCAAACAAGAUCACACGUCGUGGCACAUCUUAUUGCCACAAUUUCUUAAAAACUUGACCCGAGGUGGAACAAUAAUGAUCAGCAGGGAUUUCACUUUGGAGAAGAAGAAGCUGUACCGAUCGUACCAGCAAGAUCAUUGAGCGUUCAAUCACGCAGCGUUUGGAUUGAGUAAAAUGAACAACUACUCUGAGUGAGCAGGAUCAACAAUGGAUUACAAACUUAACGCGCGCCAGUCGGUGGCCUAUUUGAGGCAGCCCACGCAUGCACGUCUAACCAUUGGAAGAUUUUCUCACCAUCACGGGCAGCAUACAAAUCCAGGCAGAGAAGAACGAUGGAUCCAUAAACAAAGGGGGGAGAAGAGUGAACAGAGAGAGGAAGGAGACUGCAGCUGGAGUUUGACGGUAUAAACAUUUUGAAACUCGUCUUAAUAUGAUAUUUUCGUAAGGGUUAAAAAGAUAACCGUCUGUCAACACCGCAAAACACGUUGUAUAAAGAUGUGUAUUAUCAGUAGUUUCUGAUAAUGAUAACGUUGGAGAUAAUGAUAAUGAUGAUCCACUGCAAUGGUAUGGGGAAACAUAUUUAAUCUAAUAUUAGGAAUAUAAUAUUGUGAUAGAGAAAACAAAUUAUAGUAGUAGCGCAGCUCUUCUGAGAAGAGAUUUAAUGUCUUCGUUUAGAAGAUGCAUCAUUUAAAGACUUUUAACAAAUUUCACGUGAUAUGUAGUGUAAAAGUGAUGUUUUAUUAUAUAUAUAUAUAUAUUUAGUCGUGUAAGUAGGCUAGGUUUAGUUACUUCAAGUGCAGGUCGUGGACCAUGAUAUCUAUCGUUCAUUCUAUUGGAAAAAAAAAUAUUUUUACGGCUGCUAAAAAUCCCAGCAUCCGCUAUCUCGCGCAUAUUAAUUACUGACAUCCAAAUUUCAAUAAUUUUCUCGACUUGUCGGAUUUCUUUUUUUCUGAUACACGUUGGUCGUUAAGAGUUUUCAUUAAAUUUUCUCCAUUUAAUUAACGGUUUCUUUCUUUUUUUUUUUUUUUUAAUUUAAUUUUUUAUUUUUCUUCAAUUAGAUGUGUAGACAGCUGUUCUUAGCGUAGUUUUUAAAACCGUACCUGUGGAUUCAGUAAAACGAACCAGUGUCAAAAACAAUUUCGAGGUGUUCGAUCGAGCGAGCGAACAAACGAACGAACGAAUGAAUGCUUUAGAUGGUUUUUUUGUUCAAUCAAUCAAUCAUUUUCGUUUUUUUUUUCAAUUUUUUUUAUACUUAUCACUACGAUAAUCUCGGAUUUUUUUACAUAUAUUAUCUGCCGUUGGGAAAAGUUGAUACCGACCCGCUGGUGGUAUUGUGAUAUUAAAAAAAAGCAAGUGUGAUUAAUAUAAGUUUUAAGUCCAUUUUUUGUCUACUUUCUCGGAGCUGCGCGAUGAAUGUGCGGCUUUAAAAGAAAAAAAGAUAUUCUCGGGUUUAAUUACGUACAGAAUUUCACGACCUCUUAAAUUUCAUUCGAUCAACAGCAACGAUUAUUUUGAAAUCCAUGAAUUGCAUAGAAAAAUUUCUCAAUAACGAUUAAGAGAUUUUUGUUUACCGAUUUCCCGUACAUGAUUCUAGCAGUUGGCCAUCGCGGUGCCCCGUCGAUUUGGUUUGUUAACAUUGAUCAGAUCAGACCGAUGGCCUUCGAAUUUCAAUACAUGUGAUCUUAUAUCAUUACUAUGAUUAUAAAGAAAUAGCGUUUAGAAAUGCUAUCGUCUAUAUAUAUUUUUAUACUGACAGAGAACACACCGAGGUGUCAAUCCGAACUCCUCCCGUUCAGGCAAAGAAAAAAAUGAAAUUUCAAUCAUCAAUUUUCAUCUUGAAUUCGGAAAUAAGCGCCGCUGUAUGUUCUCUAGUGAGUUGAAAGCAACAAAAAAAAAAAAAGAAAAGAAAAAUACAAAAAAAGUUCUAUGAAAUAAAAUAAGAAAAAGAAAUAAUAAAAAAUACAAAUUCUAUGGAAUAUAUACGUAUAUAUGAGAGCACAGAUAACCCAUUCAUAUAUGUAUACAUAUAUAUAUUAUAUAAAUAUACAUAUGUGCACACAUAUAUGUAAUGUAUAAAUCUAUAUGUAAAAUAUUUAAUUUUUCACACAACGAUAUUACGAUAAAGUAUUUAUAAUCUGCAUAGCACGCAAGUAAAAAAAGAAGCGAAAUCAGAAUUUGUUACGAUAAAUUUGAGUGUCCCGCACAUUGGAUCUUUGCGUGGUCAUAUAUUCGAUCGGUUCAUAAUAAAUUAAAAAGUUCGACGUAUAUCCCUAAAACCUUCGGUAAGAUUUACGGAUAUUAAAAUCGGACAGAACCUGAUCUAGCGCAAAGAUCACUUGUUGGAUAUCUUCUUUCAGACGAUCGAAACUUCUGUCGGUUUGCAUUGCAGGCUCUUCAAUAAGUUUAUAUGAAGAAAAAUAAAAAGAAGAGAUGAAGUGAAUUCCGUAUUUUUCGAUAAAUCAUUUAAUAUUAACGAAAAGUAUAGAAUAUCAAUUUUACAAUCGCACUUCUAACUUAUGUUAAUACAUGAUAAUUUUUUUUUGUAUUUUAUUUCAUCGUUCUUAUUAAUUUUUUUUUUUUUUUUCUUCAAUUCAAUAUAGCUUUUUUACUUUUCUUUCGUUUUUUAUUUGUUCAAAUUUAGUUCUAAUGAAUAUGUCAAAAGUAUUGGUACUAGAAUAAUAAAAAGAAAAAAGUUCAUGACAGUAUUGUAAUAUCUUCACCAAAAUUUUUCUGUUCCUCAGUUUCUGAGUGAAGAAAUUUGAGCAAAAGUCACAUCAUAAGUUAGAGGUGUUUUAAUGAAGUAUAAUUCUCAUGAAAUCCUCUCAGUCUAUGGGGGGAUGAUUGAGAAAUAUUUCGGGAAAACACCAAAGAGACAACACGAUCUCACGCGUAUAUCAAUGUAAAAUGAAUAAACGUUUGAAGAGCGAUAGAGAGGGAGAGAGAGAGAAAAAGGAAAAAUGAAUAAGUAGAGCUAACGCGGGCCACAAAUUAAAUAGAAUAUGUAAUAUCUAAUAUUUAAAUGAAUGUUGUCAUCGGUUCGAACCGGUAAAAAGAAAAAAGAGAAAAAGAAAAAAAAAAAAAUUCGAUUCGGUGUUAUCCGAUCGCAUCCAAUUUUCUAUAAACAAUAUUAUAUAGGUCUAGUAUCACUUGACUCUUCGCAAUAUCUUUCGUAUUUAGUACUAUUAUACUAUAUAUUAUAUAUAUGUGAUGUUAUUUCUAAUUUGUAAUAUUUACAGUAGGAGUGACAAAAAAAUAAUAAUAAAAAAACAAAGUUUAAUAAUAA